AUGAAUGCACUGGAACUCGACCGAUACAUUGAGCAAUCCAAGGACAUACCUGCGGACUAUAUAGGAUACAUAGACGGAUGGCUCAAGUCGACGGCAAGUCCUCCCGAUGGGUCGAACCGCGAAACUGAUCCCACAGACAUUGGGCCUACAGAUCCAGCGGUGAAGUCGCCACCUGAAGACCUUGACAAGGACUCGACAUUGCCAAAUUCCAUCUCAAUAGAUAGCAACGAUGCAGAGGUUGUGGCAAAAGGCACAAAUCCUUUUGCUCAGUACUUGGGGGAUGAAACAUCGUGCGAAAAGAAUCAGGAUGGAAGGAAUCCGGAUAAGCAGAUAGCUUUGUUUGACCAACGCCUGCAAUUUCAUGUUGCUGUGCCAGAGUGCUGUUUGACCGAUGCGGUUUUCAAGAUGGACAGGCCCCACGAUGCGGUUGAACCGGGCGAGAAGCUACCGCCUAUGUCAUUCGAAAAUAUCUGCACUGUCGGCGCCAAUAUUCAAAUCUUCGUUACUGAAGUUUAUGGUCCUUUUCACUUUUGGUUUAACUUGUCAAACGAGAUGCACGAUACCAGACAUUUGAGGGAUAUGAAUAGUGAUAUUGCCCUUUUCUACAACCAAAGUUCGUCUAAGAGUGCAGACUACGAUUAUCCGAUAACGCCUUAUUUCCUCAAAGAGGGCUACAUCUGCGCGGCCAGUAAGAAUUCCGCUUGGCGCCGGGCUAGGAUCGUGGCGACACCGCCACCAAAUAGCGACAUUGUAUCUGUAUACUAUAUGGACUUUGGAUGUGGGGAGGAUGUGUCGCCCAAAAACCUGAAAUUUCUUCCCAGGUCUUUUGCACAUGAGCCGGCAUUCGCUUUUCGAGGAUCGUUGUCACAUGUUCAUCCUCUGGGUCGGCACUGGCCACCGGAUACCAUAUCUCAUUUCCGGCAAUUGGUGGAAGACCGAGAAAUUCAUGCAAUUGUUGACGAGGUGGACUCGCAGAAUGGUGUCGUGUCCAUGCGCCUGUCGCACGACAAGGACUUUGCGCCUUCGCUGAAUCGUUUGCUGGUGGAGGCCGGCUUGGCGGGCCGGAGUCACCACUUUGGCAAAGAUGACAUCGAUUACAAUGGUGGGCGCAGGAUUCGUUAUCUUCGUGAGAGACUGCCUUCUUUUGAGAUGCUGGAGUCACGGCUGUAUCCCAUGAAUGACGAGGAAUUCGAGGACAUCUUCGACGAAAUAGUCUAUGCGCCAUCGUUCCACAGUUCUUAUGAGGUCCCGCCGAUGCAUAAUCCAUUCCAUGCUACGCUAAGAGAGGCGCUGGUCGCCUGGAUGCAGUCAUACCGAGAGGAGCAGGAAUCGUGGAUUAAAAAGUACAAAGAUUCUCUGCGAGAAUCGAUGAGGAGAAACGAUAAGGAGGAAGCGGAAAAGAAGGGUCUGAAGAUGGAGGAUACGGAGAACAAAGCUACUAAGAUGGAGGAAGCGGAAAAAAAAGAAACAAAGAUUGAUGAAGCUGAAAAGAAAGAAAUAAAGCUGAAGGAACCGGAAAAGAAUGAAAUAAAGAUGGAGAAAGUGGAAAAGAAAGUAAUAAAGAUGCAGGAAGCGAAAAAUGAAAGAAAGGAAAUGCUGGAGCAGAAAAUCACGAAAGAACUGGAGGCUCAGAGAAAGAAAAGGGAACCUUCUUUCCCUUUUCAAAAAACCAGGACAUGGAGACGCAAGAAAUGA